AUGCCUCUUAUCGAAUCUAAUGCCGCUGGGCCCUCAACGGAGCAGCUGCAAAGACUGCCUUUCCCUCCGGUCACAUAUUCGCACAUCCUACAUUGCUCCUACGACUAUUGGCAACCGAAGUGCGCAUUUCCCUACAUUAUACCGAAGCAGAAGACAACCACUGACUUGGAGGCUUGCAGAUAUCGCGCGCUCACUCCCAAGUCACGUCUCAUUCCUUUAACACCCUCCUUCGUAUCCUACCUACACGCGGACGGAAUCGUCCUCCCACCAGAGAAUACCCCGCCAACCGACGACGACGAUGACUUCUCAGACGACCCCGAUGCAGAGGAAGAAGAAGACCCUUCAAAAGCCUGGCCGGAGAUCCACGCGCAAGUCAAAUCCACAAUCGCCGAGCUCGACGGCAAAGUCACGCCAAAACUAAACUGGAGCGCACCCAAGGACGCCACCUGGAUGGCCGCAACAAACGACAUGCAGUGCCGCACGCCCAACGACAUUUACCUUCUCCUCAAAAGCAGCGACUUCAUUACACACGACCUUGAGCACCCAUUUGAUGGCUGCGUCCCCGAUACCUCAUACUCGCCCGCUCCCGUCUCUACCCCGCCAGAGGUAAAAUAUAGCCUCGUCCUCCGCCAGUACGUCAACUUCAACCCGUCGCUUGAGUUCCGAUGUUUCGUGCGCAAUAAGGUCCUGCUUUGUAUUUGCCAGCGCGAUCAAAAUCACUUCGACUUCCUCUUCGACUUGCGCGAUACGCUCCGCUCCCGUAUUCAGUCGUUCUUUGAUGAGAAGCUCAAGAAUACCUUCCCGGACUCGAGUUUCGUCUUCGACGUCUACAUCCCGGCGCCGCACCAGCGAGUCUGGCUCAUCGAUAUAAAUCCCUGGGCUGAGCGGACGGACCCGCUUUUGUUCAGUUGGCUAGAGAUCCUGCGCAUGAAGGACCCGAUCGGGAUCCAAGAGGAGGAUGAUGGCGCGGAGGAGCAGUUUGUUCGCCUUUCGCUCAAUGGACAUAGCAACGGGGACCAGGCGUCUGAUUCUGAGUCCGAGGAAGAAGAAGAAGCGGAACCCGAGGACACAGAAGACGAUGCGCCCUUACUCCCUGAAUUCCGACUGGUUAAUCGUGACGAUCCGGAAGCGUACUCUUUCACAACGACACAGUACUCAGCGCAUAAGCUACCUAAGGAGGUUGUUGACGCCUCGAUGACUGGGCCUGGAGGCAUGAGUGAGUUCCUGGGCCAGUGGCAAGACAUUCUUGCUCGGCAGGCGCAGGAGUCGGAUACAGAAAGUGACAGUUAG